UGUUUUCUUGCACAGUUGCUUUCUGCUGAUGAAGGACUUUAAAUUUCUAGUAGUUGGAUAUUUAUGUCCUUAUUGUUAUCCGUCUAUCACUAAGUGUCUCCCUUUGCAUACAGAAAAGCUCUCUCGCUGCUGAAGUUAUUAGAAUUAUAUGAGUAAUUCUCUCCAUUAUUUGGGGCAUCACUCGUUUGUUUGGUUGUUGUUGUUGUUUUUAAUGGUGCUGGUGCUUCAAGGGUUGCUUACACUCAGCGCCUUUUACACUUUUUUUGUUCGGAAUUACAGAGUGUGAUUAAUUAUAUGAGUAUAAUUUUGCUUUCUGACAGUAAAGAGACUGCCUUUAAUUGCUUUGAUGGUGUGAGAAAUGCGAUGCGAGGGAUCAGGAGAGAAAGAGAGACGGUGUUCCACGCUAUUGAAAUGCAAAUGUCAGUAAAGAACAAGGAGAGAUUGUGUGUGUGUGUGUGUGUGUGUGUGCAUGCAUGUGUGUGUGUGUGUGUGUGUGUGUUUGGGAGUAGGGGUACAUGCACAGCGUGCAAGUUUGAGAAAGAGGGGACUUGUUGAGGAAAUAACACCACGCGCACUCGCCAGCUCGCACCGCAGCGGACGUCACGGUUGCUGCUCCGCGAUCAGUGCGCGUGUUAAAGUUAUCGAUUUGUGUUCCAAAUAAAGUGUGCUACAUGCGUGACUUUGCGUUGAUGUCGCACAAAUUGGGAGUGUGUGGUGGGGAAGUUUUAUAGUCGCUUUCUCGACUUUUAUUGUCGCUUUUAUUGACUAAUUCACGACAGCGCGAAACCUCGAGGAGACCCGUUGACUCCGGCUGAUGACCCCGUCACUCGUCGAGCUCUGGCCGUGAAUCAUGUCGCGCCGAAAGCAGAAACGACCGCAGCAGCUCGUUAAUGCGGAUCCGGGGGGCACGCGCCUGGCAUCGCAAGAUAAUCAGCUGGCUGUGAAGUCACCAUCAAACUCUCUUGCUUCAGAACCUACCUCAUCUUCCUCAUCAUCUCCAUCCCCCUCAUCUCUCCAAGAUUGUCAACCUCCCCUUGCCCCAAGGCCAUCACCUGGUGGCCUGCAUGCCCCUUCUCUUCCCAAUGAAAGUUCCUCUCCUCCACACUGGCCCAGUCAUAUUGUCCCUUACACCACAUCUCUUCCCAAUACCCAUUCUUCUCUCUCCCCAGAUUUUCCACACCCUUCCCUGUCUUCCCAGACUCACUCCCCUCCUCCUGUCCAGCAGAAGGCUUCCCACAUUCCUGUACACCAGCCUCAUUCCAACAUAUCCUCUCCUCAGAUGGGUAUCUCAGCCACAACCAACAGUUCAUCCUCCACAUCUUCAUCAUCACUCAAUGCUAUUCCACAUGCAAGGAGCCCUAAUUCCACACAGCAACCCCCUUCCAGUCUACCAGAGGAGGUUCAUGUGCCACCUACCCUGGCUGUGCUUUUAGAAGAACUUAGGGUCUUGCAACAGAGGCAGAUACACCAAAUGCAGAUGACUGAGGAAAUCUGCAGACAAGUGCUACGUUUGGGUGGAGUAAUCACCAACCAAGAUACAGCAUCUCUGGAAACCUCUCAAAGAACCUCUGAAUCUCUCUCACCUUCACUAUCCACUUCAGGUCCUUCCCAAUCUACAGCCUCUUCCAUAUCCUCCUCUCUUCCAACAUUAAUCCCAGAAUCUGUUUCAAACCUCAACAUCUGUAAUACUAAUGGGCACAAAGAUUCUUAUUCCUCUUCGUCAUCCACACCAUCUUCUUCCGCCUCAUCUCUGGUGUCCUCAGGAGCUUCUGUGCUACCUCUUUCUUUGUCACUGGGUAUUCCCCGUUACCUCCAUGAAAAGUCCUCAAACACAUCAUUGAGCCAGACAAGUGCUGUUAGUUACCAAACUCCUUCUCUGCUCACCUCUAGCACACAGGAGCAGAUGCCACUCAGCUCUGCUGUGGGAACCUCAGCUGGGUCAUUGAGCACCUCAACAGGGCGCCAACAACAUGUCUGUCGGUUUUGUGGUAAAGUUCUGAGCAGUGACUCCUCCUUACAGAUUCAUCUGAGAUCCCAUACAGGUGAAAGGCCAUACCAGUGUCCUGUCUGCCUCAGUCGCUUCACUACACGUGGGAAUCUUAAGGCCCACUUUCUGCGCCACCGUGAGCAGAACCCAGAGCUGUCACUUUCCCUACUCCCACCUGCUCUGUCAGAGCAGAACCAGUCAGGCUCUGGGCUUGUGGCAGUACAGAGACGCAGGAAGCGCCGUGCAGAAGAUGAAGAACCUUUUGCGGUUAAAGGUGGUGUGAGUGUACCAGAUGGCUUAGCUCUUGGUUUUUUAUCUGGUUCAUCUUCUCGCUUGUCUUCUUCCUCUCUGCCACUCCCUCCCAGUGUAGAUUUGGCUCUCUUGUCCACUGCCCAUUCUCUGUUACAACUCAAUCGUGCAUCUUCUGCAACAGUGGCAUCUGCUUCAGCUAGUAUACAGUCUUCUUCUGCAUCUACCACCCCCUCUUCAUCUUCCUCUUCUAUAACAAACCAGUUUAAAGGUGCUAAACAACAGAGAUUUGAUGAAAAUACCCCUCCUCACUCCACCAUACAUCCCACUUCUCCAUACUCUCAAUUGGCCCACCUCCCCAAGAUCCUGUUCCCCUCGGGUCCCUCUCCUCAUCACCCUGGCCUGGCCCUCCUGCGGCCUCCUCACCUUCCCUCCCCUCACCCCCAGCUCACUUUUCCCUUUUCCCCUUACCCCAAACCCCAAUCUUCAUCUCCCUCCUCCUCCUCUCCAUCUUCUUCAACUGCUACUUCGGACACCUGCAAGCUCCAGAGACUGGCACAGAAGUUAGAGAAGCAGCCUCCAUCAAAACCCUUUAGUGAAGACCAGACUAAUGGCAUUACUCAAGCUAAUGAUGUUUCCACCACCACAACCACAAAUACUAUCUCAGAGUACAGGAGGGAGAUGAUGACAGCCUUGGGUCUAAAUCCUAAUCCCAACAGUGAUUUGAGCACCCAGAGCAUCUCUGGAUCAAUUCCCUCCCUACCAUCCCUGGUGCCUAACCAAUGCGGGGUUUGUCUGCGCGUACUUAGUUGCCCCAGGGCACUUCGUCUUCAUCAGGCCACUCACCUUGGUGAGCGUCCUUUCCCCUGCAAGCUUUGUGGUCGCUCCUUCUCCACUAAAGGAAGUCUAAGAGCUCAUCUAGCCACCCACAGAGCACGUCCACCAAAUACACGCACACAGAAUUCUUGCCCACUCUGCCAGCGUAAAUUCACCAAUGCUGUGGUACUACAGCAUCACAUUCGGAUGCAUCUAGGGGGGCAGUUGCCACCAGAGGGCAAUGGAGAUCUGGGAACAGAGGAACAAACUGAUCAAAUGGGCAGUGUUGUAUUGCCAAAGACCAUCCAAUCUCUUCCUCUUAAUAUGAGUAUGAGUGUUUCUUCUUCUAUUGCUAGCACACUUCAGUCAAGCACUGUUUCAAAAACUAGCACAUCACCUGAUGCAAAACAAGCAGAAGAUUCAGAUGCAUGUGACAAACCAGUUAGUCAAGUAAAUCCAAUUACUGAUCAAGUCUUAGAGAAGCAAGACCCCACUAGCCCAUUUACCAGUGAUAGCACAUCUGCUAACUCCUCUCCUUUAGAAGAAGAUCCUGACAAUGACGCUAACCCAAGCGGUGUUAGUGAUUAUAGUCUCAGUGCUCUCAAAGCUCUUCAUAAUAAGCCUCAAACUUGUCCUGUAGUAAGUAAGACUAGGGAAGAUGAUGAGAACAUUCCUCUCUCCCUCUGUACGAGAACCAGUUCCCAGGAUUCUUUGCCCAACAGCAGAGACUUCACAGGACCUUCUAAUCUGGUGGUCAGUGAGCCGAAAUCCAACCCUCAGUCUGCAGCUCUUGAUCUUUCUCCAGCACUCACACCACCCUCCAGCCCAUCCCAUCAGCCUAAGCCAGAGCUCAGAGGAACACAGAAGGCCAUGCCUGUUAAUGGAAAGGGCAUGGAUCCUGAGCUCAGUGAAGGAGGUGAAUCAUUGCCCUCAAUAGUCACUAAUGGAGCACCAGAGGAGGAGAGUGAGAACACAAUACCUAGGGAUGUUCAAGAUUCCAAGAGGAAGGAAGGGGUUAUCAAACCCACAGAGAUAAAUCAUGGAAAUUGGGUUAAAGAUGAAGUUGAAAUGGCCCAGCCAGAUACUCCAGUGAUUCUACCACCGCCUGCUCGUUCUGAGAAGCCCUACAGCUGUAUGCACUGUGGCAAAGAGUAUGCCAGCCGCAGUGGACUAAAGGGACACAUGAAAACCCAUAGCGGAGGAAUGACCAAUGAGCUGAAUGCAUCAGUUGUUCCACAGUCCGCAGAGGGAAAUUAUAAAGACACUAUGGAGACUAGUCCUCAUGCUUCCAGUGGAAACCUGCAAGAAGACAGAGAAAAUGGGACGGAAAAGACUUCAGAAAAAUUGGCCUUAACAGAGGAUUCACUGGCUACUGCUGGUUCAGCAGAUGGAGGACAGGAACCUGAGGACAGGUCCUAAAAGAAUGUAAAAGAAUGCAGAGACAUAGUGUUUGUCAGUUUUUAAUCAAACAUUUUUACUAUUCUUGUGUUAGAUGUAGCUCUUAGAUUUGUGAUAUUGUAGAAUAAUAGUGAUUCUGUUAACAUGGUAAUAUUAGUGCCUUUUUCUGAAGACAAGGAAAUAUUCAAAGGUUGAAAAAAAUGGUGGUAUUUGUAUAUUACAAAUUAUACAAUAUGUUGAAUUCUGACCUUUUACAAUAGAUAUAAUGCCAACAUAAGUAAGAUUAUUUGAAGACAAAAAAGCGUUUGCAUACCAUAUCAUCAACACUGGUCAGCUCUGUAGAGAUGGACAAAAAUGGAAUCCAAACUUUUAUUUCUUUUCUUUAAUGGUUUUCUCUCCCUUCAUUGUAACUAUAAUGCUUCUGUAUGAACUGGAUGUUAUUCUAUGUAGCAGCACUGCUCUCAACAUGUCUUAAAGUCUUUAUUAAUGAGGUUUUAUUUGAGUAAAGUUACACUGUAAAAUUUAGUAAACCAGGUCUUGUAACUUACAUAUAGUACAUCUCGGUAUGCCAUUAUUUUUAUUGGAUUCAUUACUGUAUCCCUUGUCCAUAUUUUACUGAAGCAUUGUCCAAUAUUGUCCAGGUAAUGUAGUAGGAUGAAAGUUAGGACUAAGUUUUACACACCAGAGCCGCUUCAGUAAGCAUGAUUGACUUGAGCAACGACGAGAAUGAUGAUUGUUCAGGUACUAAAAUAUCUAGGCAGAGAGAUGACUUGACCUGUAUCAGCAAGCACCCUGAUUUCAUUUACAGGCAUUUAGUUUGUUUGCCCAAAUGGUCAUUUAUAGUCUCCCUUAAAUUACUCAAGAAAAAUGCUGCCCUUUGAACUCUAUUUUGCUCACUUAGCUUUUUUACUUUGAGUUCCCCAUCACUGUUGCCUUUUAAAAAAAUUUUACUUCAUUGUUUUGAAGGUUAGGAAUAAAAGCCGAAUGAAUGUCAUGUCAUUCAGAUAAAUACUUGUGUGAUGUGCUUUUAUGUGUGUAUGUAGGUGUGUGUAAACCUUGUAGCAAACGUGCCAAAUAUUGUACUUGUAAUAUUGCACACGUGUUAAGAAGAGAAAGGAUUCUGUGUUAAAAGUCCUGAAUUUUAAUUCAGCCCAAUUUGGUUGAAUUACCAAAUGAACAGGAGAAUGACUGCCAUAACAGUCAUUCUUCUGUCCAUUCUUUUAGAAUGUGUGUUUGUGUUUUCCAGCCUCAGUACUCUGUGUAUCUGCCCCAGAGAUCUUUUGUGUACUUUUUUUGGUGCCCUUUC